CCGUGGCUUUCGCCGAGCAAAUUUCGCCAAAAGCGUCGCCGUGAUGUUGACCCUGCUAGACCGCUUAACCCAGCUCAUCGAGGAAUGUUGGGGACCAAGAGGGCUUCUCCUCGCCGCGGCAGUUGUCCUUGUUUACGCCGCCGGUCUCAGCAUUUACCGACUAUGGUUCCAUGACCUGGCCAGUAUCCCCGGACCGCGCCUGAUGGCGUUGUCCUACUGGCCCGAGUUCUACUACGAUGUGCUUCUCGGCGGCCGAUAUUUCCGCGUCAUUGACGAUAUGCACCUCAAAUAUGGGCCGAUCGUGCGUGUGAAUCCGGACGAGGUGCAUUUCGACGAUCCUGACUUCAUCGACACCCUAUUUCCCCUUUACGGAAGAAAAACGAAUAAACCAAUCGAGAUAGGAAAACGGACAGGAACCCCUGAUUCCAUGGUUACAACAGUCGACCACGACGUGCACCGGCGCCGCCGCAACGCCGUCAACGUAUUCUUCUCCAACAACAGCAUCCGUAGGCUCGAGCCCAUCUUGCACGAGCGGUUGCGCACACUGCUUCGCCGGGUCCACAACGACGAUAGUGGAAAAGACGAGCCUCUAGAAAUGCAUCCCGUCUUCCGGGCGUGCACCAACGACGUCAUCACAACUUAUGCCUUUGGGCGCUCGUUUAACCUGCUCGAUCGCCCCGACUUCGGCCUUCCCUAUUUCGAGGCGAGCGACGUCUUCUUCCGCCUGGAACACCUCUUUGGGCACUUCACCUGGCUGGCGGACUUGGUGCAGGCCACGCCGCUCUGGCUGGUUUCGAUGCUUUUCCCGAGCCUGAAAGACCUAGUCGAAAAGCAGGCUUGGUGGAUCGAAAGAGUCCGUGAAAUUAGAGAUUCGCCAGGCAUGUGCAAAGCCGAUGGUACCAUUUUCCAAGGCAUCGUCAAUAGCGAACUUCUCGAAGAGGACUUGACCGACAAACGCCUCUCGGCGGAGGCGCAGCUCAUCAUAUUUGCGGGCGAAGGCACCACGGCAUACACCCUCACCGCCGCCAUGUACGAGCUUCUUGCCAACCCUACCGAGCUUGCCAAGCUCCAGCGUGAGCUAGCCGUCGCCAUUCCCAACCGGGACGCGAUGCCUACGUUUGCACAAGUCGAGAGCCUCCCUUAUCUAAACGCCAUAAUUCAGGAGACGGUCCGGUUGCAUCCGGGCGUCAUGGCCCGCCAGGCGCGCAUCUCCCCCGAGGUACCCAUCACGUACAAGGGGAAAUACACCAUUCCGCCAGGAACCAUCUUCAGCAUGUCCCCGCUCACCACUCACAUGAACCCCGACGCUUUUGAGGAUCCCUAUGAAUUCCGGCCCCAGAGGUGGAUCGACGACCCUAAGAUCGGGAGAGCCUUUUUGGGAUUUGCUCGAGGAUCGAGGAAUUGCGUGGGCAUGAAUCUUGCCCGUAAGGAGAUGGCUCUCGUCCUAUCAACGAUCUUCCGCAAAUACGACUUGUACUGCGGACAAGACGGGCCCACGGUCGAGCUAUACGACACGGAGAGGGCCAGGGACAUUGAUCCUAACCAUGACUUUAUCAUUCCGGUUCCGGCCAAGGGCAGCAAGGGCCUAAGGGUGGUUUUUAGACAGUGACGGAUAACUAGACCCAAACUUCAGUUCAACCAAGCUAAAUAGAUAGGUAAUCUAGAUAUUUAAACUGGCACACGCGCGAGUUUGAACCC